CUCCUCCUCCUCCUUCACGCCCCACUUUCUCUCUCUUCGCUUCCACAACCAGGUCCAAAAUAAUGUCCACUCACUCUUCUCCCAAUUCCUCCCCAUCUCUUCCGCUUUCUCCUCUCCCUCAUAAUCGCAUCGUCCUAGGAUGCGGUGGUGUGGGAGUGGACUUCUUGGCAGCUGUGGCUGCUUACCCCAAGCCAGACGACAAGAUCAGAACCACCAGUUUGAAGCUUCAAGGAGGUGGAAAUGCGGGAAAUGCUCUAACAUGUGCAGCUCGUUUGGGUUUAAACCCAAGGCUGAUUUCAAAGGUUGCUGAUGAUGCUCAAGGGAGAGGAAUCCUAGAGGAACUGGAAGCUGACGGUGUAGAUGCUUCUUUUCUUGUGGUCUCCAAGGAGGGAAAUUCUCCAUUUACCUAUAUCAUUGUUGACAACCAGACGAAAACUCGCACUUGUAUUCAUACUCCUGGAUUCCCUCCAAUGAUACCUGAUGACCUUUCCAAGUCAAGUUUGUUAUCUGCUUUGGAUGGAGUGAGACUUGUCUAUUCUGAUGGAAGAUUGCACGAAACAGCUUUAGUUAUUGCACAGGAGGCAAAGUGCAGGAGUAUACCCAUUUUAAUUGAUGCAGAAAGGAAAAGGGAAGGGUUGGACGAUCUGCUCAAUUUGUCAGAUUAUAUUGUAUGCGCAGCAAAAUUUCCACAGGCAUGGACGGAGGCGCCAUCUGUUCCAACUGCACUUGUGUCCAUGCUUUUGAGGUUACCAAAUAUUAAAUUUGUGAUCGCGACCUUAGGCAAAGAUGGUUGUGUAAUGCUUCAGAGAAGUGUGACUGAGGGUGAUCAGCUUGAAGAAAUGGACGCAGAUAUUUUGUUAGAGACGCUAAAGCAGAGAAAGGAUAGUGAGACAACCAUCCCAACAUGCAUUUCAUCGGUAGUCCCUUGCUCUUUAGAUUGCACAUAUAUAUUCCUAUUCUAUGUAUAGAUAACAUAUAGACAUGCAUAUAUGUAAGGUUACCUUUUGAAUUUUAAUGCUAUUAUUCUUGCUCACCAUUAACUUAAUGAACAAAUUAUUGUUUAUGUGUUGGUUAAUAACUUGGGAGAAGAUAAUAUGCUUGAUGCUUGUGUGUAUUAAAUGGAAAAUUUACCCAACUUUCUGAAUCUCCAUCCCACCUCAACUGUAUUUGGAUAUUUUGGGAGGGUUUAAUUGGAGUAGGAUCAGGUUUGGGGGUGGGACACCAAAACUUGUUUGGGGAUGAGAAGAGGUGUAAACAACCCAGCCUAACCCAACUAUGUGUAAUAAUUUAAAUGUCCCCAUUUGUUAGUAAUAUCUGUAUAAAGACCCUUACUCUAUAUAAGACUUGCGUGCUUCAGGAUUCUAGGAUUAGAGUACUCUCUUCUCUGUUCUCUGUUACCACUUCAUGUAUGCUGUCCUCCAUGUACAAGUGUCAAAGAUUAGGAAAAACACUGUUGUCACUUCUUUGACUUCAGGUGCUUUUGACAAAUGAAAAUUAUUAAAUUAUCUCUCAGCUUGCCUUCGCCCUGUUAUACAUGUGGAGUACAACAGAGAGAAAUGAUGCAUAAGAUGGUCUGUUUUCCUUGAACAUCUUCUUGUUGCAAUUGAAAAAAUAAUAAUGCUAAUAAUAUUUUUGCAAUAUAGUUUUCUGUUUCUUGAAUGCCACUUAUUGCUAGAAAUUUGUGUUAAUGUAUAUAAUAAGAUAGUGGCAUGUAUAUAAUAUGAUAGUGGUGUUGGUGGCAGAUAGUGGCAUGUAUAGA